GACUAUUGAAUCUAACAGUGAACCAUCAAAAAAUGAAGUUUCUCUUCUUCAUCACAAGCACCAAAAUAGACUAACUAUAAGUGUUCUUAUUAACCAACAAAAUAGACUAUUCUUCAUUUUCAUCACCUUCAUCCAUCUUCAUACACAUUUAAAAAAAAAUGUAAGAACAGGUCAAAAGCUUCAUCCAUCUUUAUACACUUCCUAAUUUAAUAGAAAUCAUGUGCAACAUUUCUCUUAAAAAAACUCAGAAAAAAUAAAUUUAUUAUGGGAAUCUUUCGUGUCUUCACAUUCAUUCAUAUUCUUACUCAUUAAAUUCAUUCAUUCAUAUACAUCAGAAGCAGUAUCUCCAACCUCCAAAGAGAUAAAAUGGCGAUACAGUCUCACGAAGCCGAAGCCAAUAACCUAAAGGUUAUUUUCAUUCCCUUCUCAGCUACAAGUCACAUCAUCCCAUUGGUUGAAAUGUCAUGGCUAUUUGCCAUGCAUGGUGUAGACUCCACCAUAGUCACCACUGCAGGCAAUGCUGGGAUUUUUCAAAAGUCUAUCGACCAUGAUUUCAAUCGUGGUCGACCCAUAAAAACACAUGUUCUGGAGUUUCCAGCCAAGCAAGUCAACCUUUCAGUUGUAACAGAAACCUUCAACACUGAUACUCCUCUUACAGAAGCUGCAAAAUUCCAAGAGGGGUUCGUAAUGCUGCAGUCGCUAAUAGAGAAUUACUUGUUGGGGGAGUUAGAAGUUGAUUGCAUAGUUAGUGACUUGUGUCAUCCUUGGACUGUGGAAGUUGCAAGCAAGUUAGGUAUUCCAAGAAUUGUUUUCUCUCCUGCGAGCAUUUUCUCUCGCUGUGCCGAGCUCUUGUUUGAAAAACAUAGAGCUCACAACGAAGUGGAAUCUGAUUAUGAUAAGUUCACAAUCGUAGGGUUUCCACAUAAGUUUGAGAUGUCUAGAUCGCAGUUACCAGAUUGGAUGAAAAAGCCAUCCAUGUAUGGAAUGAUAAUCAAGGCGCUCAAUGAUUCAGCAAGGAAAAUGUAUGGUGGAAUAUUUAAUAGCUUUUACGAUUUCGAGGGUGCUUAUGAGGAGCAUUACAAGAAUGCAUUUGGAACAAAGUGUUGGGGCAUAGGACCAGUUUCAUUAUGGGCAAAUCAAGAUGUUUCCGACAACGACGAAAGUGGAGGCACAAAAGUAGAAGAAGGAAAUAAUGACUUGCUUAAAUGGCUUAACUCUAAGAAAGAGAAUUCUGUUCUCUAUCUAAGUUUUGGCAGCUUAAACAAGUUCCCAACAUCUCAACUCAUUGAAAUAGCUCAUGCACUUGAAGCUUCAAGCCAUGAUUUCAUUUGGGUUGUUCGUAAGAAUAAUGAUAAAGAAGGUGAAGGAUUUAUGGAGGAGUUUGAAAAGAGAGUGAAAGAAAGCAAUAAGGGUUAUUUGAUAUGGGGUUGGGCACCACAAAUGUUGAUACUUGAAAAUAAAGCUAUUGGAGGAAUUGUGACUCAUUGUGGUUGGAGCACAAUAAUGGAAAGCAUUAAAGUUGGGUUAUCUAUGGUGAGUUGGCCUUUGUUUGCUGAUCAAUUUUUUAAUGAGAAGAUUAUUAUUGAUGUGUUGAGAAUUGGGGUGUCUGUUGGGGCUAAAGAAUGGAGAAAUUGGAAUGAGUUUGGGAGUGAGGUUGUGAAAAGGGAAGAAAUUGGAAAGGCUAUUGCUUUGGUGAUGGAAAAUGGAAAAGAAUCUGAGGAGAUGAGAUUAAGAGCCAAAGCUUUGAGUGAGAAUGCAAAGAAAGCUAUACUUGUUGGUGGGUCUUCUCAUGCCAAUUUGAUGCAACUCAUUCAUGAGCUUAAGUCACUCAAACUUCAAAGGCUCAAGGCCAAUACAAAAGAUCUUUGAUGUUUUAAAAUAAGUGAUUUGAAUGCAAAUCUCAAUUAUUUGGUAUUGUGUGGAAGUAUCUUCGAACUUUGGAGGGUGGGUUUUGGUUUACACUCAAGGAGUUGACUUGUUGCAAAAUGAAAUGACUUCCAAGUUUAUUUGAUUCGGGAUUUGAUGUCUAAAAACCAUGUAAACUUAAUGAUGUUAUGUUGUACUUUCUUCAUUCAUUUUGAAAAAAGAUAUUUUAG